UUUGACCAUGAUUAUGCAAAGAAAGCUCCUGCUUCCUCCUCUGUGUCACAGAGACCCUCGGGAGGAACUCCAGGGAGAAUGGAAGCUUGGGAGUCAUCCCAACCCUUGCUCAGGUGCGAAAUCCCCUACCCUCUGCCUGGCACUGAUAGGGACGGAUCAGUUUCUCUGCCUGGAGAGGCAGCCUCCUGUGACCUGGAUACAUUGGAGCCUGAACACGGGAACAGAAGGGUCUCUGGGAAUCCAAUCUCAGUCUGUUGGGCUUACAAAGUAACCAAAGUCAAAUGCUGGUCUGUGAGAGAAAGAGGAGGCAGACACAUCAGGGGACCGAGAAGUACUUUAAAGCACCCCGCUCACCAUGGUAUGGGGAAGAAUUUGGCCACAUCCCUGCCAACUGCUGCUUCUCUUGGACUGGGAAAGGGUCAGUUGCUUGUUUCUAUCAGAUUCAUGGACACCACCAAGAAAAGAGGCCAGUCUGAGACAUUUAAUAUUUGUUGA